AAAAAAAAAUGCAAAGAUGACGCUCUUUGAAAAAAAGGAUUGUUUGUUUAGCUGAGCCAAUAAGCUUUUGAGUAUUCAUAAGGCAUAGGUACUUUGAAGAUACAGUGAAGGUAUUUUGCUGCUUUCAGCAAUGAGCAAGGUAACUAUAUCAAUCAGAAAUAAGAAACAACUAAUUUUUUCUUUACUCUUUAAAGAUCAAACAUCUCAAGACAAUACUGCUCACGACCGAGAUUCGUACCAAUCGUCUUCUUCUGCAAGCGCUCUUCAUGAAGAAAGUAAUGAGGGUGAUGACAGCGAUAUCAAAUAAACUUUAAGAAUCUAAAAUAUAAGGUAUAGCAUUACUACACUUGUCAUUAUAGUGAUGUCAGGCCUAUCGACGCCGCAAGUAUAUUAACAUCAAAUGAUACGAAUAAGCGUCGUAGUAAUAAUAAAGGUAUGCUGUAAACUACUGUAUUGAAGUGAAGAAGCUAGACUAAUUGUUAUUUAAAUAUAGGUAAACGUAUAUAGUAAGAAUAUAGGCGAAAUGCUGAA